UGAAGUAGAAACCUAUAUUAGGGGAAAACCAGGGUCCUCGGCAUUUUUGCGAGCAGUGCACCCAGAAUCCAAAAAAGAUUUUUUAAAAAGAAGAAAGAGCGAAAGAAAGAAACCACAGUCCUUUCGGUCACACGGACAGGGCUACGAAUUCCUCUCUCUGUUGGACAUCAGCACCGGGGAUUCAUUUUUGAGGUCAAUUUCCAAUCGAGAUAAAUCUAUUGGAUUAGUAGGAUUAUCUGAUUGCAGCUGAAAGAAGUAACGUUGUUUGAUCAUUUGUAUUUCUUGCCUGAUGGUCGGAUCUCCAUGGAGGUGGCUUUGGGUCCCCAGGAUUCUGGAUCCCGGUUGCAGCUGGAGAGAAAAAAGGAUCAAUCGGCACGUUUUGGAAGUGUCCGUGGGUGAAUAAAAAAAAAAGAGAAAAAGAAAAAAGAAAAAGAAAAAAAGGAGCGGGGGGGCACAACACUGGGGUUGCGGCUGCUUAAAGAAGAAAAAAAAAUAAAGGAAGCAUCUUGAAUUCUGAAACACUAUUUCAGGGAGGGGGGUGUUUCAAGAUUCCAAAACAAAAAGGGGGACUAGAAACUGAUAAAUACUUUGACCGAUUCAGCUUGAAUUCGAAGGCGAAGUGUUGUAGAAACUGUCUCCUUGACUGGUUGGAAGGGGACUGGGGAAGAUGAGGGGUGCCCCUCGGUGGAUUUGUCUUACUGAGGGAUAGAGAUCUGCAGCUAAGUGGAUUUGAUUUAUAAGAGGGAAUCUACAGUCAAUGGCCUCUCUCCCCACGUAGCUACUAUGGAAAACAGAGUGGUCAAUAGGAUUUGGUCUGAUAAAUAGUGAUGACUGAAGAUGCUCCUUCAAUACAUGUGAAGUCAAUGGGAGAUGCUGGCUGCAGGAAGAGCUUUCUGAGCUUUUCUCGGCAAGUUCACCUUUAAGAAAUAGGAGGUGCAUUCUACCAUUAUAAGGUCUUUCUCAAGUGGAUACAGAUACUUUUGCCUCACUGUAACCGGACAACUGAUGUGGGACCAUGGCACUGCCCAGAUGCACGUGGCCAAGUUAUGUGUGGAGAGCAGUAAUGGCAUGCUUGUUACACAGGGGACUGGGCGCCUCGUUGACUCUCUGUGUGUUGGCAUGUUUGCUUCAGGCUGCCCAUGUACUCUCCCAAAAAUUGGAUGAUGCAGACCCACUGGUGACUACCAACUUCGGCAAGAUCAGAGGGAUUAAGAAAGAACUCAAUAAUGAAAUCUUGGGGCCUGUUAUUCAGUUUCUGGGGGUUCCAUAUGCAGCACCGCCAACAGGGGAACAUCGUUUUCAGCCUCCAGAGCCACCAUCCCCCUGGUCAGAUAUCAGGAAUGCCACUCAGUUUGCUCCCGUGUGUCCCCAGAAUAUCAUCGAUGGCAGGUUGCCGGAAGUCAUGCUUCCUGUGUGGUUUACUAAUAACUUGGAUGUGGUUUCAUCGUAUGUACAAGACCAGAGUGAAGACUGCCUGUAUUUAAACAUAUAUGUCCCAACUGAGGAUGAUAUUCGGGACAGUGGGGGUCCUAAACCAGUGAUGGUGUAUAUCCAUGGUGGCUCAUAUAUGGAAGGUACUGGAAAUUUAUAUGAUGGGAGUGUCUUGGCAAGUUAUGGCAAUGUGAUCGUCAUCACAGUCAACUACCGACUUGGGGUACUUGGUUUCUUGAGCACAGGAGAUCAGGCUGCAAAAGGAAACUAUGGACUCCUUGAUCUCAUACAGGCUUUAAGAUGGACUAGUGAAAACAUUGGAUUCUUUGGUGGUGACCCCUUAAGAAUCACUGUUUUUGGAUCUGGCGCUGGGGGUUCGUGUGUCAAUCUGCUGACUUUAUCCCAUUAUUCUGAAGGUAACCGUUGGAGCAAUUCAACCAAAGGACUUUUUCAACGAGCAAUAGCUCAAAGUGGAACAGCCCUUUCCAGCUGGGCGGUUAGUUUCCAACCUGCAAAAUAUGCUAGAAUGUUGGCCACAAAAGUUGGCUGCAAUGUUUCAGAUACAGUAGAAUUGGUGGAAUGCCUACAGAAGAAGCCUUACAAAGAACUUGUUGACCAAGAUAUUCAACCAGCACGAUACCACAUAGCCUUUGGACCUGUGAUUGAUGGUGAUGUAAUACCAGAUGACCCUCAGAUAUUGAUGGAGCAAGGAGAAUUUCUCAACUAUGAUAUAAUGUUAGGAGUUAACCAAGGAGAGGGAUUAAAAUUUGUUGAAAAUAUAGUAGAUAGUGAUGAUGGUAUAUCAGCUAGUGAUUUUGACUUUGCUGUUUCCAAUUUUGUUGAUAAUUUAUAUGGAUAUCCAGAAGGCAAAGAUGUUCUGAGAGAAACCAUUAAAUUCAUGUAUACUGACUGGGCUGACCGUCAUAACCCUGAAACCAGAAGGAAGACAUUACUGGCCUUGUUUACGGACCAUCAGUGGGUGGCACCAGCUGUUGCUACAGCAGAUCUUCACUCAAACUUUGGUUCACCUACAUAUUUCUAUGCCUUUUACCAUCAUUGCCAAACAGAUCAGGUUCCUGCGUGGGCUGAUGCAGCUCAUGGAGAUGAGGUUCCCUAUGUACUAGGAAUCCCCAUGAUUGGACCUACAGAGUUAUUUCCUUGUAAUUUCUCGAAAAAUGACGUGAUGCUGAGUGCAGUUGUAAUGACAUACUGGACAAAUUUUGCUAAAACUGGUGAUCCAAAUCAACCAGUUCCUCAAGACACAAAAUUCAUCCAUACCAAACCCAACCGCUUUGAAGAAGUAGCAUGGACCAGAUAUUCCCAGAAAGAUCAACUUUAUCUCCAUAUUGGAUUAAAACCAAGAGUUAAAGAACAUUAUAGAGCCAAUAAGGUGAACCUCUGGUUGGAGCUGGUACCUCAUCUGCAUAAUCUCAAUGACAUUUCUCAGUAUACCUCUACAACAACUAAAGUGCCAUCAACGGACAUCACUUUCAGACCUACGAGAAAAAAUUCUGUACCUGUCACGUCAGCCUUUCCCACUGCCAAGCAGGAUGAUCCCAAACAACAACCAAGUCCAUUUUCAGUGGAUCAGAGGGACUACUCCACAGAGCUGAGCGUUACGAUAGCAGUUGGAGCAUCACUGCUGUUUCUGAACAUCUUGGCAUUUGCAGCCCUGUACUACAAAAAGGAUAAGAGGAGACACGAUGUUCAUAGGAGAUGCAGCCCUCAGCGUACUACCACCAACGAUCUGACCCAUGCACAAGAAGAGGAGAUCAUGUCCCUCCAAAUGAAGCACACUGAUUUGGAUCAUGAAUGUGAGUCCAUCCAUCCACAUGAGGUGGUUCUUCGGACCGCCUGCCCCCCAGAUUACACAUUAGCGAUGAGGAGGUCACCUGAUGAUGUUCCCUUAAUGACACCCAACACGAUUACAAUGAUUCCCAACACUAUACCAGGGAUUCAACCCUUACACACAUUCAAUACAUUUACCGGAGGACAGAACAAUACUCUGCCCCAUCCCCAUCCGCACCCCCAUUCACAUUCAACAACCAGGGUAUAGCCAGAUAACAGAAACAAACUCUAUUUUUUUGAUGGAUUGCAGUAAAAGAUUACUGAAGAUUCCUUGGCUUUCAACCUACAAAACUCUUACUAUUUAAAUAAGGAGGAAUAUUAUGUGAUUAUACAUAUCAAGGACUUUGGGGGUUUUGAAAAAAAAUGAAUUGUAUAUAUAUAUAUAUAUAUAUACACAAAUCAACUCUAAAAAUGAAUUUCAAUUGCUUGAAGCAAUUGUUCUGAAUGAUACUUUUUCAUUCACAUUCAAGAAUUAAUUUUUUGAAGAUUUAUGUUACAUAAUGGAAUUAGGCAUGUGGAACACCAAACAGGAAAGAACUAUGUCUGAAAUAUAAAACAAAUAAAAAUAAAAAAACAACCAUGAAUAUGCACAAGGGACACACCAAUGGAAUGUCAGAUAAUUUUCACCAGUUUUUAUUUGGAGCCGUUUUAUUGUGUAGACCAUAUUUACAUAUUUGGAUAAGUACACAAAACACCAAUGCUGUUAAUGGCCUUAGCGGAGGCUCAUGCUGAAAUUUGCCAGUAAAACAGAGAAGUUUAAAGACUGGCAGGUACAUUAUCACAUAAGUGCUGUCAGUAUAAAGUUGUGGGGAUACAGGAAACUGGAUAUUUUUAGCACGAUGUGCAUGAUAAUCUAUAUGCUUGGUGGCUGUGCUGCUGAUUAAGCCGUAAUUAAAAUUCUUCUCAUCCCAUUGGAGUCUUUAAUAGGAGCUUCCUCCAUCAAUUGGCAGAACCGAAAGAAGAUUUUAAGGGGCAAAAGUAAUUACAAUUAAAUAAUUCACAGUAGUCUUGAUAAUAGAAGGAAUUAGUUCUUAAAGGUAUUUGAAGAAACUAUAGGUAUAGUGAUGAAUACUCGCUGAUAUUAAUUCCAAGAACAAACAAUUUCCUGUGUUCUUAAUGUUCUUUUCAUUCCCAUCUAAAUUAUUUAUAAAAAUGUAAUCCUAAUUGGACAUGUGUUAUAGAAUCCAUAAUUUGCUGUGGUUUUUGUUACUCUGUAUUUUGUUUCCUCUGGUAAGAUGAAGUGUGUCCAAAGAGUUACUUGCAACAGUCUUUUAUGAAAUGAGGAUGCCCCAAAUUACCACUCUGGUUAUAGCUCUCAGUUAAUUGAUUUACUCAUGUUGCAUGACAAAAUGUUUACUAAUAAUAAUUCAAUAUAAAAUUAUGUCCCUCCUCACACCACUUAUCUUUCUUACUGAGGUCCUGUCACUGGAAUUUACUUGUGCAAUCUCAGUAGAGUACAACGUAGAUGCAGAACCUAAGAGAGACAACAUCUGGGGGAUUUUAGUCUUACACCUACGUGUGAUUUUCAAUGAAUAUUCUAAGACCACAGGAAACUCUUCAUCCCCUGUUGUUUACCGGUAACAGUAUAUCACAGACCUAUCCAAAUGUUUGUAUAUGUAAUCAGAUGUACAUUUAUAUUAAAAAAUGAGAUGGACUUAAAGAGCACAUCCUGAUAAAUACUUUCUCUCUUACCUGUACUAUAUUUCUAUUAGACUAAAGUUAUGUGAUUUUUUUUUACAUUUUUUCAGAUGACUAGCAAUUUUGAUAGUUUGUAAGAUAAUGCAAAGAACUUUCUCUGACAAACUAACUGCAGUAACAGAAACCUUUCUUUUCAGUUACUCUUUUUCAAGAAUGAAAGCUUAUUAUACAAAAAAAUUGUAUACUACUUGAUGGAAAAAAAAAACUUUGUACAUCUUGGCCAUGUCAUUGGUCAUUGCGUGAAAUAAAGAUAAACUGGAUAAUGACUAUUAGUCCAAUGAUAAGAGACAUGAUCUUUGCUCAUUAAAGAGCUAAAAUGUUUAUUGCUGUUUUGUCUUUUUUUAAAAAAAAAAUAGAAAAGAAACAUGACUGUCUCAGAGUCAUUUUUCUAGACCAAUCGAAUUUUUGAAGACAUUUAGGUAACUUCUUCAGAAAACACUCCAUGGAUUUCCAGGCAAGUCUCAUCUAAGAUGAAACUGAUGAAACUUUAACAUUAUGAAUUUAUAAGCCCAGUAACAUAUCAGCUUUGUAUUUUUAAAUACCUCUUAUGGGAAAUAAAAUGUGCCAAUUGUUUUCAAUUAAAAUCCCAGGUUCCAAUUCUGAUCAUUGAGGAAAAGGUCUCUUGAAAAUAAAUGGGUGACAUUUCAUGGAAUAAGAAUAGCUAGAUUCAUUUUUAAGGGUGAUUGAACUAUCAUAACAUAAUGGAUAGAAAGUUAUCCUUCUAAGAAAAUUUAAAAGUGCUGAGCAAGAUAUUAAGCGGACACUAAUAGAUAAAAUCUUCUAUUUCAAGGAAUUUCUUUGCUUAUAACUCCUUCUAAUUGUUAACUGUCAGUAAAUUUUAAAUAUUGACCCAUAACUUGAAAUAAAAAUCUAUGUUAGAAACAAAAAUUCUUCAAAAUCCAGAAUGAUCUACAUGCAUCUUUUGCCUUCGGGUGCUUAUACUUUUAGAUUGUGAAUUGCCAAUGUAAACCAGUAAAAACAAUUAUUUAGCAUUUCCAAUAUUGUUUAAUCAGAAAACUAUCUUUUACUAUAUUGAUUAAACAAAAGAUAAAAACAGAAAUAGAAAUGAUAGCAAAAUAAGGUGUGAAUGGAAUCUUUCAGAUGCAUUAUUUCACCUGGCAAAACAAAACAUUCUAUUUUAAUGAUGGCCAUAUUUAUAUCCAUCUGCCUAUCUGUUGCUCUAAAUUUAUGUGUCAAUCAAUCUACCUAUCUGUACCAUAACUGACAUCUAUUUUGUAUUAAUUUGGGAAAAUGGUUAAAGAAACAAACCAUAGCCCAAUUCUUUUUUCUAAAUCAAUGUGGUAACAACUUUGUGGAAGAUAAAGCAGUUCCAGGUUGUAUAACUAUUCCCAAGCCGUGGUAAAGUCAUUGUGAAGGAGUGUUAGCUCCUAGUUUUAUAGUUACAGCAGCUAGUUUUCUGAGUGCAAAAUAAUGUCCCAGAAUAAACAGAACAUUAAACACUGUUUUUAAAGCUGAAACAUAAUUUUUAAAUGUGAGAAGUAUUUUGGAUAUUGUUAUUAAUUUUUAACCAAUAUGUAUAAAAUGUGUUUAUUUAGAUGAUAGUUUUCUUUAGGAAAAAAUGUAAGUCACAAAAUUAAAAGAACAUAUUUGGCAUUACUUAUUAAUUUAGAUUUCCCUGCUUCAGAUUAAAUUGCAAAGUCAAGGCUGCUAAUAUUUAUACAAACAUUAUCAAUAGAUUAAUGCUGUUUCAGAGUAUGAGAGUGGAAAUAAAAGGGACACAUUUCAUAGUUUAAAUUUCUAUUUAAUAUAUUGACUAAACAAGAUCUAGUUGAGUACUACAAAUGUAUCAGGAGGUUCAUCAUUAACUUCAUGGAAAUUAUAAAGUCAUUUGCUUAAGCAUUAAAUGUAUCUAAUUUUAAUUUGGAGAGAUCAUGCUAGCAGCUCAACACAAAAAAAUCUGAGUAAUGUAUGGAGUUUUUCAUUCAUGUCAAAUUUAAACGUUGGUUAUAAUGAUGCUAUAAAUUAGAUUUUUUUGAUCUGUACAGCAUGUAAACAGCAAGGAUUAAAAAAUAUGUAAUAUUAAACAGGAAACCAGAAUGGUACUGAUUUUCUUUUUUUUUUAAAUGCCAAAACUCAUUCGCUGUAUCUGUAACAAAUCCUUCCUUCUCAGUUAUUUCACCUGUUAACAUUCUUUUACUGACAUACAUAUUAAUAUAUUGAAAGGAUACAAAGAAUGUGGUUAAAUGUGUUCCAGUUUUAAAGACACUACUACAUAGAAAUCACUGGGAUUCUUUUGUUUGGCAAGUUUCACAGAAACAUUUCACAGGACAAAAUGAUGAAUGGGAUUUUCAGGAAGCUGUCAAACAUCGUUGCAGUCCUUUGGUGAUUGUUUUCUUCUGUUUGAUUGGUUCAAAGACUGGCCUUUUCCUUCAAGUCUAGUAAUUAGUUGUUAUAUACUAUCACUUUUUAAUGUGAGUGAAAAUUAGGUAAUUUGGUUAUACUUGUGAAAACAUGCUCCCAAAUAAACCCAAUUAAUGGGCACUUCCCCGCUGAGAUUUUGUUAUUAUUCAUUUAAUUAUCUUGUCAAGCUUUACUGUUAACAACAAUUGUUUUGGCUCUUUAGUCAAUAAAGUAAGGGAAUUCCUCCAACAGCCUUAUACCUCUCCUGCACUUGAUACAACAACAUACACUGCAAUUUUCCAUCAGAAGUUCCUCAAGAAAUUUCCUACUGACGUGAAAUAUUUGGUAGACAACUUGAUUCUUUUUCAUAAGCAUUCUGAUUUGAUUUGACUUGAUUUGAGCACUUUUCAGGCCAGAAAUCAAUUCCAUUUGAUAAGGGUUGCGGAUUAUACAAAUUGAAAUAACCAUGUGCAGGGCAUAAGUGCCUUUUUUCCUGGUAUUUUAUUUAUAAACCUUAUUGUCUUCCUUUUUAAAAAAAAAAAAUUUACAGAGCUUGAUACAACAGGAUGACCAUGUUAUAAGUUUUCAAAAAGAAAAUUUUAUUUAGGAGGGUCUUUUCUUGAAUUUAAUUAUAUUUUUGUAUGAUAUCAAAUGUUGCCAAAUGACCUCUGGAAAAGAGCAAAGUGAAUUUUUGGAAAGCAAGUUAUUUGCGCACCUGAUUUAAUGAUUCAUAAGUGUGGAAACUUAAAUCUCUAACAAACUUUAACAUUCUCCCAAAUACUUGCUAAGUUUCAUUUAAAAGAAGGUUAAAGUUGUUAGGGACAAACAUAAAUUAGAUAGAUACAUAAUUUUUUGUCUAGCCAAUCAUGAUGUAUUCCAUACUAAAUGCUUACACGAUAUUUAUGGACCUUUCAAAUUCAUAUAUUUACAAAUGACUUUGUAUACCUUCUUCUUCUUUUUUUUUUGACUUUGUGUACCUUCUUACAUAUGUACUAAUGUCGUAGAAUUUAGUCCUCUAUGGAAAGUCAAACCAAAAUGCGAGUAGUUUUGUGUGUAAAUGAAUGAUAAUUAAAGCUUUAAAGAAAAUUGUCAAGUCACAGGAACAAAAAUUCAGCAGAUAAAGUUAAAGCAAAGGGACUAUUUUUGAAUGCCGUGUCCAGGGUGAUACCUAUUUUGGAUGGUGUAUUUAAAAAGAUUUAGUAUUUUUAAUUUGUCCUUUGCACUCAUAUCAUUUAGCAAAUUAAUGGGACAGAUGUCAUGUUUUUUUUGUAAAAGAGGCCAUUGGGUUGUCAUGAUUCCAUUUGUGUUUGGACAUCCAUGGCUUUUACUAAAAACACGUUUAUUAUCAUAAAUAAAUAUUACUGUGUUUUCCAA